UGAAGACUGUGUACCACCUCUGCAAAGUACUCGAGUCAAGCCGAUGACACAUCAGAUCAUCGGUCGCUCGUCAGUUUACAUCAUGUCGGACGUGGAAGAAGAAUACGAGGAGCAGGCGGACGAGGCUGAGGAGGAGGAGGAGGAGGAGGAGGAGGCCGAGCAGGUGGAGGAGGACGGAGGAGAGGAGCACGAGGAGUUCCAGGAUCAAGAUGCUCAGGAGGAAGAGGAGCGUCCCAAACCCAAACCGAUGGUGCCUCAACUCGCUCCCCCAAAGAUCCCUGAAGGAGAUCGGGUGGAUUUUGAUGACAUCCACAGGAAGCGUAUGGAGAAGGAUUUACUGGAGCUGCACACUUUGAUCGACGUCCACUUUGAGCAGAGGAAGAAGGACGAGGAAGAACUGAUCGGCCUCAAAGACAGAAUAGAGCAUCGUCGUUCGGAGAGAGCUGAGAUCCAGAGGGUUCGAGCAGAGAAGGAGAAGGACCGACAAAACAGGAUUGCGGAGGAGCGUCAAAGAAAAGAGGAAGAGGAGGCCAAGAAGAAGGCUGAUGAUGACGCCAAGAAGAAGAAAGUACUGUCUGGUAUGGGAGCGAACUUCGGAGGCUUCCUGACCAAGGCCGAGAUGAGGAAGGGCAAGCGUCUGACGGGCAGAGAGAUCAAGAGGAAGACUCUGUCUGAGAGACGACAGCCGCUGAACAUGGACAACAUGAGGGAGGACGCCCUCAAGCAACAGGCCCAGGAGCUGUGGAACUGGAUCUACCAGCUGGAGUCGGAGAAGUUUGAUUUCAUGGAGCACAUGAAACACCAGAAAUACGAGAUCAUUGUGCUGCUGAACCGGAUCCAACAUGCUCAGAAAUUUAAAAAAGUCCACGGCAAAGGGAAGGUGGGCGGUCGCUGGAAGUAAAGGCGGAACCUUUUCAAAAAGAGAAAACAAGAACAGGAAGCAGAGGAAUGCCUCGGUCUCCGAGGUCGUCUGGUUCCGGAGCCGCCGCUCAGACGCUCCCUGGCUGUGAGAGAGAUACUGAAUGUUUGUGUUGAUAAUAAAAUGACGUGCACUCAG